CGCCACGUCUCUCCCAUCUUCCCACCUUCUCUCUUUUAUUCUUCUCUUCUCUCUCGACUCUCUCUCGUCAUGGGAAGCCUCGACGAAAACCUCCCUCUCCCUUCCAUCCACGGUUUCAAGCCGUUGGAUCUCGGCGAUCUAAGAGAACAAGUCCAUCAGACCGUGGACUUCAUUAUGGACUACUACAAGAACGUAGAGUCCUUCCCUGUCCUCCCAUCGGUCCAGCCAGGCUACCUCCGCGGCCUCCUCCCGGCCACCCCUUCCGACAAGCCCACCACCUUCGACGCCAUCCUCCGCGAUCUCCGCCGUGCCAUCCUCCCCGGCCUAACCCACUGGACCAGCCCUAACUUCUUCGCUUAUUUCCCUGCCACCCUCAGCUCCGCCGCCCUCGCCGGCGACCUCCUCGCCUCCGCCUUCAACCCCGUCGCCUUCAACUGGCUCUCCUCCCCCGCAGCCACCGAGCUCGAGUCUCUCGUCCUCGACUGGCUUGCGCACCUCCUCCGCCUCCCCUCCCGCUUUCUCUCCUCCUCCGCCUCCACGGCCGCCCACGGCGGAGGAGUCCUCCACACCACCACAAGCGAAGCCAUUCUCUGCACCCUGGUCGCCGCCCGCGAAGCCGCCCUCCGCCGCUGUGGCGGCGGCGCGGCAGCCAUCUCCCGCCUCGUCGCCUACGGCUCCGAUCAGACCCACUCCACGUUCUUUAAAGCAUGCAGGAUCGCCGGGUUCGAUCCGGCCCACGUCAGGUCCGUCCCGACCCGGUCCGAGUCUGAGUUCUCCCUCGAGCCGGCAAGCCUCCGCGCCGCCAUGGCCGCCGACGCGGCAGCCGGGCUCGUCCCCGCCUACGUGUGCGCCACCGUGGGGACAACCUCGUCGACUGCGGUGGACCCGGUGGGGCCCAUCUCAGAGGUGGCGGCCGAGUUUGGAGCCUGGGUUCACGUGGACGCGGCGUACGCGGGCAGCGCGUGCGUCUGCCCGGAGUUCCGCCAGUACCUGGACGGCGUCGAGCGGGCAGACUCGGUCAGCUUCAGCCCCCACAAGUGGCUCCUCGCUUGCCUUGACUGCACGUGCCUCUGGGUCCGCGACACGCGCCUCCUUACCGGUCCGCUCGGAACCGACCCGGAGUACCUCAAGAACGGUCCGAGCGAAUCCGGUUCUGUGGUCGAUCUCAAGGACCUCCAGGUGGGCGUGGGCCGACGAUUCCGUGCGCUCAAGCUGUGGAUGGUGAUACGCACCUACGGGGUUGCGAACCUUCGAGCGCACAUCCGGAGCGACGUGCAGAUGGCCCAGGGGUUCGAGCGGAUGGUCCGAUUGGACCCGCGGUUCGAGGUGGUGGUUCCCAGGAGGUUCGCGCUGGUCUGUUUCCGACUCAGGCCACGUGGCGAGAUGGGAGAGGCCUGGGCGGACAAGGAGAACCGGAGGCUCUUGGAGAUGAUCAACGAGAGCGGGAGGGUGUACAUCACCCACACGGUGGUGGGCGGGAAGUACGUCCUCCGGUUCGCCGUGGGGUCGACGCUCACGGAAGAGCGCCACGUGGCGGGUGCAUGGGAGCUGAUUACAAAGAAGGCUGAUGAGCUACUGGGUGCUGAAAACAACCCAGCUCGCAAUAUUUAAGCAGGCAGAGCUUUAGAACUCGUGCAGUUUAUCUACUGGGUAGGGUUGAGUACGAGGCUUAAUAGAUGAGUUGGGGUGAAAGACUUAAUUGUAUCGCAUCUUUGUGGAGUUCCUUGAGUGCAAAUUUGUAUGUUAGCAAUCAGAACCCGAAGUUCUUUGGGAAUAAUUCCCAUGCAAUAAAUUAAAAUAGAUAAAUGAUAGUCCCCAGUGAUCUCCAUGCAUGGUUAACAAGGGCAAAAAAGAAAAAAAAAGCAAUGUUUGCACAAUAAUCUCCAAGAAAUGGAUGUCGAGAUAAUUUUU